AUGUUCCUUACAUCCCAUUCCUUUGUCAAAUCUCACAAUAGAAGACUAUUUCCGGCCGGAAAUCUAGGAACAAACGGUAAUGCCAGUGCGGACAAAGCGCCCUGGGCUGUUCUGAUCGACAAAUCCAUCGAGAGUGGAGAAAAUGCUCAACAGCAGAACCCGGCACUUAUCAACAAGACCACUUCAGAACUUGACAAAUCAUGGGGUGUGUACGAUGCCGUUAUUACCCUUUUACAGGUGCAUUUUUGCCAUUGCAAGGAUAUCAUGCUUCAAGAACGCGAUGCUAUAAUGGCUCAACUUGAGAAAGACCUCUGCCGAGCGGACGAGCUCUAUUGCACUCUUGCUCAACAGGGGUGUAAUUUUUCGAUCUUUCCAUCUCCGGUAGCAUUCGAGUUGUAUCUCGACCAAGCCAAGGAAACUGGUGGAGUAUUUGAAGAGGGUAGCUCUGAUCUCAACCGGGCUGCUGAAUCUCGCGUCUGGCGCAGCGUGGAACUAGGUACAUUAAAGGAUGAAAUAUCGAGCAGCACAAGCACAGAUGGGAAACCAGGCUAUUGGAUUCGAACAAGCCUCUUUGAUUGGGUUGGGUGGGAAAGGAAGGAUAUGCGAUUUGUUUAA